AUGAACACUUUUUCUCCUUUAGUUUCUUGUUCCUUUCAUGAAGACUUUCUGAUAAUAACUAAAUCAGCCUUUACAGAAUCCUGGUCUGGCCAGACUUGCUUCCCCAGAGACAGCUGUGGGCUUUCUUCAUCUUCUUGCUUACUGAUGAUGUCUGGCUGUGGUGUAGACUGGAGUGGAGAAGUGGACUUUUCAGAUCUUUUCUUCAUUCCUUCUUUCUUUCUGUCUUUUUAUUUCAAGGCUGUUCUCUCUUUCUUCCUUUUUUCUUUCUUUCUUUGUUCUUCAAGGCUGUUCUUUCUUUCUUCCUUUUUACUUUCUUUCUUUUUCUUUAAGACUGUUCUUUCUUUCUUCCUUUCUUUUUUCUUCAACACUGUUCUUUCUUUCUUUCCUUUUUUCUUUUUUCUUCAACACUGUUCUUUCUUUCUUUCUUCUUUUUUCUUUCUUUCUUUUUUCUUCAAGGCUGUUCUUUCUUUCUUUCUUCCUUUUCUUUUUUUCUUUUUUCUUCAACACUGUUCUUUCUUUCUUUCCUUUUUUCUUUUUUCUUCAACACUGUUCUUUCUUUCUUCUUUCUUUCUUUUUUCUUCAAAGCUUUAUCCUUUCUUUUUCUUUUUCAUUCAAGACUUUUCUUUCUUUCUUUCUUUCUUUCUUUCUUUCUUUCUUUCUUUCUUUCUUUCUUAUUGCAAAAUAUUAAUACACACAACACUUGCCUUGUCCCAAUCCAUUCUACCUUUAAAUAAAUGUUUCAUUUAUAAGUUCUUUUUUAACUGGUUUUGUUAUAUUGCGUAUCUAUCUAUCUUAGUCUCUUCAUAUCUAUCUAUAUCUAUCUAUCUAUCUAUCUAUCUAUCUAUCUAUCUAUCUAUCUAUCUCUAUAUUUAUCAAUCUGUCAAUUUUAUCUAUCUAUCUAUCUAUCUAUCUAUCUAUCUAUCUAUCUAUCUAUCUAUCUAUCUCAUAUCUAUGUUCAUAUCUAUCUCUAUAUAUAUCAAUCUGUCAAUUUUAUCUAUCUAUCUAUCUAUCUAUCUAUCUAUCUAUCUAUCUAUCUAUCUAUGUUCAUAUCUAUCUCACUAUAUAUCAAUCUGUCAAUUUUAUCUCUCUAUCUAUCUAUCUAUCUAUCUAUCUAUCUAUCUAUCUAUCUAUCUAUCUAUCUAUCUCUGUUCAUAUCUAUCUCUCUAUAUAUCAAUCUGUCAAUUUUAUCUAUCUAUCUAUCUAUCUAUCUAUCUAUCUAUCUAUCUAUCUAUCUAUCUAUCUAUCUCUGUUCAUAUCUAUCUUUGUUCAUAUCUAUCUCUUUAUAUAUCAAUCUCUGUCAAUUUUUAUCUAUCUAUCUAUCUAUCUAUCUAUCUAUCUAUCUAUCUCGAAAACUAA